AUGGAUGGCUGCCUCCCUUUUCUGCUUCUCCUACUUGCUUGCGGCCCUGCAACGAGAGACACUGGGGGUUUUAUUCCUCCUGGUCUCCUGACAUUUUUUAAUUUUCUUUCCGUUCCUCUGGGGAGAGGCCACCACGCGAAGAAACACGGCGUCAGAAGUAAGCAGGCAGCUCCCUUCCGCGAGGAGACAAAGUCAUGGUCCGCUUCAGCCUCGCUCGUCCCCCUCGCUCCGACCGAGGCUUCCGGGCCACAGAUUUGCAGGCGGCAUGGGGGGCACUGGAGGAGCCCGAACUUUUUAAAAACACGAAGCCCUAACCCUUUUGAAAACAAUCUAUAUAUCAACGCACAAACGCCGGUGCUAAUCCUCGCUCUUGGCACCGGAGAGAAGGAGGAGGUGGCGGCGGCGGCAUCUAAUGGCGAGCGAAUCACAGAACGAACCGAGGCGGGCUCUCGCGCAAACGGGGCGCAGCAGGAGGAGGAGGAGGAGGAGAAGCGCGCGCGGAACCUGGAGAAGGCUUUGCCAGGCGGCGGGGGGAAUUAA